UUUCUCUCGUUCUCGUCUUCGUCUUCCUCUUGAUUCUCUCGUCUUGUCUGGAGUUUCGCUGUGUUUUUUAAACUGUAAUAAAAAAAGAAGGAUAUUUCGUAGAAAUCUUUGAGAUCAUACAAGAACAAGCAUUUUGCAAGUGAUGGAUCCUAUGGAGUCGUCUAGUGAACAGGACAUUGUUGAAGAGAAACAAAAGCUGGUUGACUCAAUGGACAAGCUUCGUGUUAGUGCUGGGAGUUCGUCUUCUAAUUUCAAGAAGAAGCCUGUCAUUAUCAUUGUUGUUGGAAUGGCUGGUAGCGGAAAAACAAGUUUCCUUCAUCGUUUGGUCUGCCAUACGUUUGAUUCAAAGAGCCGUGGGUAUGUGGUGAACCUUGAUCCUGCUGUUAUGUCUCUACCGUUUGGUGCCAACAUCGAUAUAAGAGACACCGUCAAGUACAAGGAAGUUAUGAAGCAGUACAAUUUGGGGCCUAAUGGUGGAAUUCUCACUUCACUCAACUUGUUUGCUACUAAAUUCGAUGAGGUCGUCUCUGUGAUUGAGAAACGUGCAGACCAGCUUGAUUAUGUCCUUGUUGAUACUCCUGGUCAGAUUGAAAUCUUUACAUGGUCUGCUUCUGGGGCUAUAAUCACUGAAGCUUUUGCUUCAACAUUCCCCACUGUUGUCACCUAUGUGGUUGAUACUCCACGUUCCACAAGCCCAAUCACUUUUAUGAGCAACAUGCUCUAUGCAUGUAGCAUUCUCUACAAGACUCGGUUGCCUCUCAUCUUGGCUUUCAACAAAACUGAUGUUGCAGAUCACAAGUUUGCUUUAGAGUGGAUGGAAGAUUUUGAGGUGUUCCAAGCAGCAAUACAGACUGAUAAUUCAUACACGUCCACCUUAGCUAACAGUCUCUCCCUUUCACUCUAUGAAUUCUACCGGAAUAUAAGAUCUGUUGGUGUUUCUGCUAUCUCUGGUGCUGGAAUGGAUGAUUUCUUCAAAUCCAUUGAAGCAAGUGCUCAGGAAUACAUGGAAACUUACAAGGCUGAUCUUGACAAGAGAAUGUCAGAGAAGGAGCGGUUGGAAGAAGAACGAAAGAAACAUGAAAUGGAGAAGCUAAGAAAGGAUAUGGAGAGUUCUCAGGGAGGGACUGUAGUUUUAAACACUGGUCUGAAAGACAGAGAUGCAGCAGAGAAGAUGAUGCUAGAGGAGGAUGAUGAGGACUUUCAAGAUGAAGAAGACAGUGAUGAUGCCAUAGAUGAGGAUGAUGAAGAUGAAGAGAUGAAUCGUUACUACCUAUGAAUUGAACUCAGACACUAAACUUUCAGACUCUAUCAAUUUCGCUUUAACUGGCUUUGUUUGCAUCCUUCCCUUGUUGUCCCAGUUGUGUAGAAAGAACCGAAUCUCUUUGUGAGCCAUUGUCUAAUGAUCUAAUGACUAAACUAUAUAAACUAGAACUUAUGAA